AUUCGUAGCCUCUUCCUUCUUGACAAACGGGUUGUUGUAUCGAACGGCGUCAUUCAACGUUACCGGCCAUCGCAGCAGCAACUCAGGCCUGAGCCCCAGUCGCACAUAGGAGGCUGAUGGUGACUCAGGCAGUCGGUAGUGCUCCAGCUUUUUGCACUUCACCCAACGCACCAGCGGGUUUGGAACGGGAUUUGGAUAAGCACGAAGAGCUGGAUCACCGACUGGCGCUGGAUUUGCCUUCUCUCGCGAUGGCCUAGCCAUCUUGACUAUCUCACUCUCUCUUUUGUGGAAUCUGGUUGACCCACGAAAAAACUUUUGUUCUAUGUUUUGAGCAGAAACGCGUCGAGUAGGGCAGUCACAAUGACUUCAGCCGACCUUCACACCGCGCUUUUACGCCCGGCAGUUCUUCAAAUCCUUCGCGCCGCUGGCUUCAGCUCCGCGCGGCCAGUUGUAAUCGAUACCGUCACGGAUCUUGCAGCCCGCUAUCUUCUCUUACUGGCGUCUUCGACCGCCCAAAACGCGUUCAAUACGCACAACACUUUCGUGCCGACUAUCCAGGAUGUGAGACUUGCGCUGACCCAGGCCGGGGCGUUGGCGCCGCAGAUGAAUACGGUGGAGGAGAGCUUGAGAGGGGAUGUGGAGGUUGUGGAGGGAGUGUGGGUGCCGUUCGAGGAUUUACGAGGCGUCGAGGCCUUCGUGAACUGGGCGUAUGGGCCAGUCAACAAGGAGAUCCGGAGGAUUGCGGGCUUUGGCGACGAUGUGAACGUGGAGGAGAUUGCGGCAGCCUUGGAUGAGCAGGAAGAUUAUCUGUCUGCGUUGAAGAAGCGUCACAGCAAAACCGGCGAAGCCGUCCGCUACCAAGGCACCGUUCUCGGCAAGGAUACAGAAUUACAAGCGGUAUCAAUCGUGGGCGGCCCUGCAGCUUCGAUUGCAGAAUGGGCACAACAGGCCUUGGCCAGCACACGAACCUACUCCAGCCUGCGCCCUGGACAAGAAGAGGGUGCGACCCCAGCGACAUCUGGCAUUAGCAGUGCACCGCUCACCCCGAUUGAAUCUGAAUGAAAGGGAGAUCGAUAGCGCGCUGUUGCUAUCCAUACCGGAACAAACCCUUUAGGUGCGGCAGAAAUAUCAUCGUGCAUCAACAGCCUCAUCCAUAGAUGCCAAGGCCAAAGUUCAACGCCCACUUCACUGUUCAAACGAGCACAUUCCUGAGAAGAGCCUAGUCUCGGACCAUACUACCGUACACAAUACUAGGCCUAAAAUCCAGUCUUCAUACCCAAAUUGGCUACUGAUAGCACGAAAUGAUGAGGCCGCGAGCCUUUCUGCACAGGCAGGAAACACAUGUGUUGGAAAGAGACGUUCACAGAGCAUGUUCCAAGCAGAAGCCAACAGCUACAGCCCGCAGUGAUAAUGGUGCCAAAGAAUCAAAUGAUUCACGGCGGAACAGCCAGGGCAGGCGGUUGAUCCUAGCCAUUGACAUGAGAUACAUCAAGCUACCGCCCAGGGAGGGGAGGGGGAAGGUCAGACUGGCGCCAUUGUGCAGCAAUCUGCACAACUUAGAAGGCAGCCUUGAACAGAUCCUGUUCUCAAACAAUGAGGAUGAUUAAAUUUGGCCCAAAGUAUCUGGUCAUGAUAUUACACUAUGCCUUCUCCAAAACUGUCCUCCCACGAGACUGGGGCGCUAGAUGCGUCCUCCUCGUAAUAAUGGGUAACAUUACUAUUGCCGACCUCGCCGGGAUUCUCG